AUGACCGCAGGGCCGUGUCCUUGUACGUCGAGCCAGAGAGCGAGCGUGAAGGUUGAGGGCUGCGUGAGCGUGAGCCAACAGCAAGCAUCACCUCUCCAUCCAGCAGACGGAGUUGAUGGCCGCAUUUCAACCAUGGAGUUACUCCGGACGCUUUACGUCUGCUGGGACUGCUAUGCCAAUAACCUGCAUAGAGAGGCUGAGUGCACCACAGCCAGCGGAGCCAAGGUUUGGUUCUAA